AUGUCGGAUGAAGAGCACAAGGAAAGAAGGGAUGAAGAAAAAAGAGAGAGGAAGAAAAUCAAACAAAAAGUUGAAGGGAAAAUAAAGAAAGAAGAAAAGAAACUAAGAAAUGUGGAGAGUAAAGAAACAAAAGAAAAAGAAGAGAAGCAAGAAAAGAAAUUUAACCGAAAAGGAUUAAGUCGGGAGGAAAAAGAAGAGUUACAUAAAGAAGACCAAAUCUAUAGAACAAUAUUCAUCCAAAAUUUAUCAUUUGAAACAAGUGAAGAAGAAUUAAAAGAAAAGAUGGGAGAAUAUGGGGAAGUUUCAUAUUGUAAGAUUUGUAUGGAUAAAGAAAAAGGGAUUAGUAGAGGAACAGGGUUUGUUUGUUUCAGAAGAAGAGGAGUAGCAGAGAAAGUUAUUGAAGAAGCAUAUAUGUUUUCAGGGAGUAAGGAAAGUGACAUUGAGAUUGAUGGAAGAAGAUUAAUUCUUCAGAAAGCAAUAAAGAAAGAACAAGCAAAAGAUACAAGUAAUAGUAAAAAGAAGAAAAAAGAAGGUAUUAAAGACAAUAGAAAUGUUUCAUUAGCUAUGGUUGGACAAAAAACAAAAGAAGAAUAUCUUCAACUUGGAUUAACUCCAAGUGAAGCCAAAAUGCGAUUAAAAGCACAAAUGGAACGAAAUAAAAAAUUAAAAAAUGUUAAUUUCUGUGUUAAUAAAUAUCGAGUAUGUGUAAGAAAUAUUCCUAAAAACACGAAUAAAAAGAUGAUAAAGGAAACAUUUGGGAAAUAUUGUAGUAAAGGGAAGAUAUCAGAUAUUAAAAUCAUUAAAGGAGAGAGAGGGAAAGCAAUUGGAUAUUGUUUUUUGACAUUUACAUCAGCAGAAGAUGCAUAUCAAUUUGUAGAACAAGUCAACGAAAGUCUUCAAUUUAAAGAACAACGACGAGUUAUGGCAGAAUUUUCAAUUGAUGAUAUGGUUAAAUUACACAAAUUCAAAGCUGAAAUGGAACGAAGAAAGUUCAAUCAAGAAAAGAAGAAAUUCAUUGAAGAACAUUCAGUAAAUAAUAGCGGUAAAAGAGUUAAAGUUACUUCACUUCCUAAAGAAGUUAUAAAAGCAGAAGAAACAAAGGAUAUGAAGAAAACAAAGAAGAAAGGAAUAAACAGAAAAGUUGGAAUAACAAAGAAGUUUAAUGCUAAGAAAUCAAUAUUAUUAUAA